AAUGAGACUUCGAGGAGGAGCGGGAGGCGGCGGCGGCUACAGAGGACGCGGAGGAAGGCGAGGAGGAGCCAGAGGAAGGAGCGCGGGCCGUGCGUAGCUUCGCAGCCUCCGGGAGCUGCUGGCCUGGUGUCCUUUGGGACUGCCGGGUCCCCCGCCCGCCUUGGUCCCCUCUUCUGCCUGGCCAGCCCAGCCCCGGCGGCCCGAGACCCGGCACUCGGCAGCCCCACUCCAGCCAAGUUGGGAUGGGGCCCUACAACCACUGCCCGGCGCCCGAGAGGCCACCUGCGUGCUAGAGGCAAACUUUUGUCUCCUCGGGUCUGCCACCCAAGAGUAUGAGCCUCUGAGAUGGAGACAUCAGCCCAAGCUCCUGCACUGGAGAAGAAAGAAGCCAAGAGUGGUCUCCUGGAGGAUAGCAGCUUCCCCGACCCAGGGAAAAAGGCCUGUCCUCUGGCAGUGGCUGCCCCAGCGGCAGCUGUCGCAGCCCAAGGAGUUCCUCAGCAGCUCCUGCCAUCUUUCCACGUGCCUUUGCCGAUUGACAUGAGACACCAGGAGGGAAGGUACCAUUAUGACCCUCACCCUGUCCACGGUGUGCACGGGCCUCCCACGCUAAGUGGCAGUCCUGUCAUCUCAGAUAUCUCCUUGAUACGACUUUCUCCACACCCUGCUGGCCCUGGAGAAUCGCCCUUCAGCGCCCACCACCCCUACAUGAACCCCCACAUGGAGCACUACCUCCGGUCUGUGCACAGCAGCCCCACACUCUCAAUGAUCUCUGCCGCCAGGGGCCUCAGCCCUGCUGAUGUGGCCCAUGAACAUCUGAAAGAGAGGGGACUAUUUAGUCUCGCUGCCCCAGGCACCAACCCUUCAGACUAUUACCACCAGAUGACCCUCAUGGCAAGCCACCCCACACCCUACGGGGACAUUCUAAUGCAAAGUGGCGGUGCUGCUAGCGCACCCCAUCUCCAUGACUACCUCAACCCUGUGGAUGCAUCACGAUUCUCCAGCCCACGUGUGACCCCGCGACUGAGCCGCAAGCGGGCUCUAUCCAUCUCCCCGCUCUCAGAUGCCAGCCUUGACCUACAGCGCAUGAUCCGGACCUCUCCCAACUCACUGGUAGCCUACAUCAACAACUCCAGGAGCAGCUCAGCAGCCAGCGGUUCUUACGGGCAUCUGUCAGCUGGUGCCCUCAGCCCAGCCUUCACCUUCCCCCACCCCAUCAAUCCCGUGGCGUACCAGCAGAUCCUGAGCCAGCAGCGGGGCCUGGGUUCAGCCUUUGGACAUACACCACCCCUGAUCCAGCCUUCACCCACCUUCUUGGCUCAGCAGCCCAUGACUCUCACCUCCAUCACCGUGCCUACCCAGCUAGGCAGCAAUAGCAGCAACUGUAUAAGUGAUGCCAACCAGAAUAAGCAGAACAGCGAGUCGGCCGUGAGCAGCACCGUGAACCCCAUCACCAUCCAUAAGCGGAGCAAGGUCAAGACUGAGGCUGAGGGCCUACGGCCAGCCUCCCCGCUUGGACUGACACAGGAGCAACUGGCUGAUCUCAAGGAAGAUCUGGACAGGGAUGACUGUAAGCAGGAGGCUGAAGUGGUCAUCUACGAGACCAACUGCCACUGGGCAGACUGCACGAAGGAAUAUGACACCCAGGAGCAGCUGGUGCAUCACAUCAACAAUGAGCACAUCCACGGGGAGAAGAAGGAGUUCGUGUGCCGCUGGCAGGCCUGCACGAGAGAGCAGAAGCCCUUCAAGGCCCAGUACAUGCUGGUUGUCCACAUGCGCAGGCACACGGGUGAGAAGCCGCACAAGUGCACGUUUGAAGGCUGCUCAAAGGCCUACUCUCGCCUGGAGAACUUGAAGACACACCUGCGGUCCCACACAGGGGAGAAGCCCUAUGUGUGUGAACACGAAGGCUGCAACAAAGCCUUCUCCAAUGCCUCGGACCGUGCCAAGCACCAGAACCGCACUCACUCCAAUGAGAAACCCUACAUCUGUAAGAUCCCAGGCUGCACUAAGAGGUACACAGACCCCAGCUCACUCCGCAAGCAUGUGAAGACCGUCCACGGGCCAGAUGCCCAUGUGACCAAGAAACAGCGUAAUGAUGUGCACCUCCGUGCUCCACUGCUCAAGGAGAAUGGGGACAAUGAGGCCGGUGCUGAGCCAGGUGGCCGGGGACCCGAGGAGAGUGUGGAGGCCAGUAGCACCAGUCACACUGCGGAGGACUGCCUGCAUAUCAAAGCCAUCAAGACAGAGAGCUCCGGGCUGUGCCAGUCCAGCCCCGGGGCCCAGUCAUCCUGCAGCAGCGAGCCCUCUCCCCUGGGCAGUGUCCCCAACAAUGACAGUGGCGUGGAGAUGCCGGGGACAGGGCCCGGGAGUCUGGGAGACCUGACAGCACUGGACGACACGUCUCCAGGAGCUGACACAUCAGCCCUGGCUGUACCUUCCACUGGUGGCCUGCAGCUGCGCAAACACAUGACCACCAUGCAUCGCUUUGAGCAGCUGAAGAGAGAGAAGCUCAAGUCUCUAAAGGAUUCCUGCUCGUGGGCUGGCCCAGCCCCACACACCCGCAACACCAAGCUGCCUCCCCUUCCAGUGAAUGGUUCUGUUCUGGAAAACUUCAACAAUACUGGGGGCUGUGGACCAGCGGGACUGCUGCCCAACCAGCGGCUACCAGAACUGACAGAAGUGACCAUGCUGAGCCAGCUGCAGGAACGGAGAGACAGCUCCACCAGCACUAUGAGCUCAGCCUACACCGUGAGCCGCCGCUCCUCCGGCAUCUCCCCAUACUUCUCCAGCCGCCGUUCCAGCGAGGCCUCGCCUCUUGGUGGCAUACGCCCGCACAAUGCCAGCUCAGCGGACUCCUACGACCCCAUCUCCACAGACGCCUCUCGGCGCUCCAGUGAGGCCAGUCAGUGCAGCGGUGGUGGCCCCGGGCUGCUCAACCUGACACCCGCACAGCAGUAUAGCCUGCGUGCCAAGUACGCAGCGGCCACAGGCGGGCCACCACCCACGCCACUGCCGGGCCUCGACCGCGUCAGCCUUCGUACCCGCCUGGCAUUACUAGAUGCUCCUGAGCGUGCACUGCCAGGCGCCUGCCCACAACCUCUGGGGCCACGGCGUGGUAGCGACGGGCCUACCUAUAACCACGGCCAUGGCUAUGUAGGUGCGGCUCCUGCCUUACCCCAUGAGGGGCCUAACGGCAGCACACGGCGGGCCAGCGACCCUGUGCGGCGACCUGACCCCCUUGUUCUGCCUCGAGUGCAACGUUUCCACAGCAUCCACAACAUGAAUCCAGGUCCGCUGCCCCCCUGCACUGAUCGGCGUGGCCUGCAUUUACAGAGCCACCCCAGCGUAGAUGGCAGCCUGACCCGCCAUGCCUACUCUCCGCGACCCCCUAGCAUCAAUGAGAACGUGGUGAUGGAAGCCGUGGCUGCUGGGGUAGAGGGUGCCGGGCUAGAGUCUGACCUGGGGCUGGUGGAGGAUGACCUCGUGCUGCCAGAUGAUGUGGUACAGUACAUCAAGGCUCACACAGGUGGUGCCUUGGAUGACAGCACACGGCAGGUGUAUCCCACAGAAGGUACUGGCUUCCCCGAGAACUCUAAACUGCCCAGUCCCGGGCUACAAGGCCACCGCAGGCUAGCGGCUGCCGACUCCAACAUGAGCCCUUCUGCUCCUGGGCUGGGAGGCUGCCAGCUGAGCUACAGCCCCUCCUCCAGCCUCAACAAGAGCAACAUGCCUGUGCAGUGGAACGAGGUGAGUUCUGGCACCGUGGAUGCCCUGCCCACCCAGGUGAAGCCACCCUCUUUUCCUCAGAGCAACCUGGUUCAGCAGAAGCCAGCCUUUGCCCACUAUCCAGGCUAUAGCCCACAAGCCCUGCAGAGCGGCUCUGGAGGUCUAGACAGCACCCAACCACACCUACAGCUUCGAGGGGCCCCCUCUGCAUCAAGAGGGAGCUACACGCAACAGCCUCGACUGCCAGCUACAGGCAGUCAGUGCCUGGGUGUAACUGCAGCCAUGAGCCCUCAGGCCAACUACAGCCAAACCCACCACCAGCUGAGUCCAAACGUCGUCAGUGGAUCUCUGAACCAGUUUGCCCCCUCCUGCAGCAAUAUGGCAGCCAAGCCUAGCCACCUGGGACUCCCUCAGCAAAUGGAAGUUGUCCCCAAUGCCACCAUCAUAAGUGGCCAUCAACGGGAACUUGGGAUUGCCAGUUCAUCCCUGGCUGCAGUGUCACAACCUCACCCAGUCCUGGGCUAUCCCCAGCAGGACGGCUACCAACAGGUCUCUGGCCUUCCGUCAUCCCAUCAGCCUAGCUUCAUGGAGUCCCAGCAGAACACGGGCUUUGGUCUCAUGCAACCUCGGCCGCCCCUGGAGCCCAACACAGCUAGUCGUCACCGAGGAGUACGUUCUGGCCAACAGCAGCAGCAGCUGUAUGCCAGGACCGCUGGCCAAGCCGUGGUCACAUCAGCCAACCAAGAGACAGCAGAAGCUAUGCCCAAGGGAACAGCAGGGACCGUGGUAUCCCUAACUCCUCAGCCAUCUCAGGACACAGGGCGGUCACAGGACCAGAACACGCUCUACUACUAUGGCCAGAUCCACAUGUAUGAACAGAACGGAGGCUGCCCAGCCAUGCAGCCCCAGCCGCCACAACCACAAGGUUGCUCAGACAAUAUCCAGCCUGAACCUCUGCCUUCACCAGGAGUCAACCAGGUGUCCAGCACCGUGGACUCCCAGCUCCUGGAGCCCCCCCAGAUUGACUUUGAUGCCAUCAUGGACGAUGGCGAUCACUCGAGUUUGUUCUCUGGUGCACUGAGCCCAAGCCUGCUCCACAAUCUCUCCCAGAAUUCCUCACGCCUCACCACACCCCGGAAUUCCCUGACACUGCCCUCCAUCCCCGUGGGCAUCAGCAACAUGGCUGUUGGGGACAUGAGUUCCAUGCUCACCAGCUUGGCUGAAGAGAACAAGUUUUUAAACAUGAUGACCUAGAGGCUCCUGGCACAGCAGACCUGAGCAACGUUAACUUCUUGGAGUACGAGGGUCUAAUCUAGUCUCCUUGUCCAAAUGUGUUAAUUAGGCCUGAGAGGGUUGGGAAGUGGCUGGUUCAGACUUGCACAUAUUUUAAGAAAAGAUUUAGGGGCAUCCUCUCCGCUCUUCGGCCUAUUUUUCGGGACACUCAAAAAGUCAUAUUUGGAAAGAAACUCGUUUACAUGAAGCUUGCCAGUCUUUGGUGUCUAUGAGAUUACUAGGUUCUGGCUUUUUCGCCUCUAUUAUUCAGUUAAUGAGAGAAUACUUUGGCCAAGGGCUUUCUAAGUACAUGCCCAAAGAGGGGAGGGGAGCCACUUUGGGUUUGAAUCUGAGACCAUGCUGGAUACUCUCUCUUCUGAGAAGAUCGGUUUGCCAUUCUACCACCUGCGAGGAAAAGGGAUCACUGCUUCCCCUGGAUGCAUCCAUGAAGUUCGCCAAGGUUGCUCCCCACAGAGGAGGAAGGUGCAACCCCUGGGAUAUCAUGGCGUCUCCUCAGUUACUGCUAGCAUCUCCACUCCUUAGGCAGGGUAGGACCAGCAGAUUUCCUGAGUGGAGAAGAAUUAGUAAAACACAUAUUUUACUAUGGGGGUGGGGGGCUCUCCUGGCCUGUUUACAGUGUUCUAAAGUGUACAGUGAAGCCCUCCCAGGAAGAGGACUUGUGUCUACAUACUUGGGGUUUCUGUGGACUAGGAAUGGACAGGGCCUCAAGGUGAAAGAGGCCUUCCCCAGGCAAAGGAGGCCGUGUGUUUACCCGCUUCUGUUUCUCCAGUGCACUAUCUGACCACUCUCCCGUGGGAGAUUCUAGGGCUCCUCCACACAGUGCUGGUGGCCAGCAGUCAGUACUGAACCACCACAUGCAGCGUCUGUACUUUCUGGUCCCCUGACCUCUCUGGCACCGACCUGUGAUGACAUGCAUGAUGUUUGUGGUUGGGCAGGAGGGUGAAGGGAUUGAUUCUUGGACUUUGAGGAACUCUGGACUGAAUUUGCUUGUUCAGUAUGGCCUGGCCCCAGAUAAGAAAUGAUAUAUGGAAACUGACUCCAAAAAGAAUCAGUCCAGAGUGCACUGCAGGGUGGAACCAUGACUCUUCCCACACAUAUGUCCACAUCCCAGACCUGUCCCUCUGAGUUAAUAGAAACUUUGCCAAACCAAACCUCACCACUCAGAGCUUCCUUCUGGCCGUGGCCUUGGCUGCAGUGAGGAACUUCUUAACAGAGUCUGGACCCCCUGUGUCCCGGGGCAGCAAACUUCUCUGUUUACAAUCCAGAGACAGAACCAACUCUAAAUGACAGCUCUGGGCCAUGCCCAUGGGUCUCUGGUUCUCAUGGUGUGGGCUCACUGCCUGGCAUAGACCCCAGCUCCCCUUUCUCUAUCUGUAUCUAUUUUGUGUAGACAUCGUCAUGCCUGAAUAUACUGUGGAUGAAUCGUCCAGCCAAAUUUAUAUUGCCAAACAUUUUUAGCUUUUUCUACAUGCUAUAAAUUGAGAUGACACGCUCAACUUGUAAAUAAGUCUUUUUUUGUACAUUAAAAAUAAUUUUUUCAUAA